CACAGGAGCAGUUUCACCGGGAGCGAGUGAGAUAGCCAGAAUCUCCUCAGACUCAACAACACGAUAUCGGCGGACAUGAAGUCCAAGGUAUUGGGGGAGUGAGACAAAUUCCCCAAGUUCAGCCGGUUAAGGACACAGGACACAUCCUCCCAUGGCUGCUACAGCCAGUAGUAGAAAUGGAUCUUUAAGGCCAGGCUGGGUGGCUUUUUCAGAUGAAGAGUCACAGGCAGAUGAGGUUGGGCUCCAGCCCGCUUUAGAACAGCCUGAGAUGGAUUCUUCUUCUUGGGAGGAAGUGUCAUGUGUGUCUGCCCAGAAGCCAGAACAGUUGACUUCAUGGGUCCAGUUUGAGGACAAACCAUGGCCACCCUCUCCUCCCUCAACACAGGUAAAAGGCCCCAGGCACAGCAUUUGCUCCUCGGCCAGCUUCUGGAGCAACGUCCCCCCAUCAGAAAGCAGCUGGACCACCCAAUCAGAGGAGCAGAGCUCUGUUAGUAUGGGGGCGUCUUCCUGUGACCUGCCAUCUCUUAACACUGAAGACCCACUCAGUCAAACGCCUUCCUGCCCUCACUCUCCUAAUUCCUCUUUGUGCCAAGAAGAUGAUGGUAUGAACAUGGAGCCAUUUAACUGGACAACCAACAACCAGCACACAAAUGGCCAAUCAUAUGCCACCUCCAACCGUUUUGCCAGCUGGGUAACUUUUGAUGACGAUCAGGACUCUGCGUUCCUGCCUCCAGGAAGACCAUCUAAAAUAAAACUGGACAACCUCAACAUUUCUCCACUGCAGGAUGCCAACAGCAACCUGAUUUCAUCCUCCUUUUCUAGCCAGGUGACAGAAAGACACAUCCUGGACUUGACCCCUGAUGCCACCAGUUCGGUCUUUGCUUUUGAAAGCACGCUUUUGAACAACAGCACCCCUUACAACAAAAAGAAUCCUUUUUUGGAUGAUGACUUCACCAACCUGCAACCCUCUUCUAUCAACCCUUUCAGUGACUACUUUGACAAAACAGGGCUGACAACAUCCCAAAGCACUGGACUGUGCUCGGAAACACCAGAUGUCUCCGCAUUUAGUUCGCCAUUUUUUGAGUAUCAGGAUGUUGACUCUAUCAUGCUUGUUUCUGCACAAAAUGACUCGUCAAAGGGACUAAAUAGUGUACCAUUAGGCCCUCCUGAAGAUAGUCUGGAUCAAUUCAGGAAAAUAUACAUCUCUGACCCUGACCGUGAUGAUAGUCCCACUUUACCAGAUGAUUCAGCAGAUGUGUUGGAGUCUGAUGACUCCACCUAUGAACCAGACCACAUGACUCCACAGGAAGGCUGGCCCAUGCUUCUUCGCAUCCCAGAGAAGAAAAACAUCAUGUCCUCACGUCACUGGGGACCAAUUUUUGUCAGAUUGACGUACAGCGGCCAGCUGCACAUUUUCUACGAAAAAGGGCUGGAAAAACCCUUCAAAGAGUUUCAGCUGAACUCCCAGCAUGAGAUAUCUGAACCCAAGCUCCAGAACUAUGAGGAAAAUGGUCGUGUUCAUACCAUCAGUGUAGAUCAUGUGGUUUACAAGGAGAAGAGGAAGAUCCAGCCCAAAGUUAGUGUGGUUCAUAUGCCGGUGAGAGAGCAGGUUGUAAAGCUUGGGACCACAAACUACCAAGACUUCUUGAGCUUUCGUCAUGCCCUCCAGGAGACACUUGUGGGACUUUCUGUGGAUAAAGAAGGCCUCAACUGGCCGACAACUUACACUGAGGAGGAAAUUCAUGUGGAGGUGAAAGAUAACUUUUACGGAGUUCUGUCCAAAGGGGACAGCCGUAUCCUGGAGCAGCUCGUUUUGACCAGUGUAAACAUGCUAGCCUUCCUCAAUGGGUCUCCACCUUGUAGUAUCGGCCUCAAUGAUGUCCAGGUCAAAGGCAAAGAAGUCGUUUCUCGACAUGACAUAAUUCCUAACACAACAUCACGCUGGAUUCAAUUGCGGGAUUGUCGACUUCAUGAAUGUGCAGAUCACUCAGAGUUUGCGGAGUCCCGAACCAUCACAUUUACUCCUCCUACUGGUCGUCGCUUUGAACUUCUGCGUUUUCGCACAGCGUUUGCAGAAAAAUCCCUUCCUUUCACUCUGAGAACAGUUGCUAGCAUCAGGGGUGCAGAGGUUGAGGUACAAUCCUGGCUGGUGAUGUCAACGGGUUUCUCAUCCAGUCGGGAUCCUUUAACAUUGAUACCAUGUGAAAAUGUUGCUAUCCGUUACCCCAUACCUGAAAUUUGGGCGAAGAACUUUAGACGGGAGAGUGUGACAGGUGAAAAGUCCUUGAAGGCUCGCUUCAAUAAAGGAGCCAGCUUUGGUUCAACUAGCAGUUCCGGGUCAGAACCGGCUAUGAGGGUCACGCUCGGCUCUGCGAAAUACGAACAAGCCUUCAGGUCCGUGGUGUGGAGGAUAAGUCGACUACCAGACAAAAACUCAGCACUGGGACAUCCUCAUACUUUCUUCUGCCGCUUGGAACUGGGAUCAGACAGGGAGGUUCCUCCUAAAUUUGAGUGUCUGGUGGAGGUUGAGUUUGAUAUGCCAUCCACUUCUGCAUCUAAAGCCACCGUACGCGCUCUGUCUGUUGGGGACAGGACUGAUUUGAAGAAAUGGAUCACUUACAAAUCACAUUAUUCCUACCAGGUGGCAGUAGAGCAGAAGAGUGAAAGCGUGUUGGGGAGCCCAAAGGAUGAGACGCCCGGGGAGUGUACUCAACAGUGACCACGAGUCUUUCUUUCAAGACAUGGGUCUUGAAGUUUGCACUUUGUUGAACGAGAGAAAGUUCAGUGCUGAAAUGUGCUGAACAGUUUACAUUUACAUGUGGUAUGUUAAAAUGAAAAAAAAAAAAUGAAUGGUUUUAUGUGAGAAUGGUAUGUAUAAAGGAAAAUAACAGACCCUUUAAGAAAUUAUUACAUAAAAAAUUACUUUAUCAGCCAAUUGAGUUUAAGUCUGUAUCGGUAAUGUUGUUUUACAAUCGGUUCUUACCCAUCAAGUUCAUAUCAAAAAUUCUCCUCCUAAAAUUAUUGGAGCGGUCACAUUUUUUGUCUGUCUUUAAGGCAGAUAUCACAGAGAUGUUGUGUAAAUUCUUUCUGUAUAUUUUGGACUAUGAUGUGAAGAGUAAUUUCUGUGUGGAAAACCAAGUUUUCUUGUUAUUUAACAUUGUACAGAGGAUAAUGAGGGAUUCGUAACUAACACAUUUCAUGUUAGUUUUGUUAAUUAGAAAACUCAAAUUAGUAAAACCUUUUCUCAUCAAUUUCUACUUAAACCAUAAAUGUUAACAUGACAAAACAAAGGCUGCGUCCGAAACUCUAAUUUGCUGCCUUCUGCGGCAGCAUUCCAAGGCAUCAAGGCAUGUCCAAAUCCAAUGUUAGGUUUACUUCCUGACUCUUGAGAUACCUCCAUCGUCCUUUCCCACAAUUCUAUGCGUGUGUGCGCAUGGGCAAUGUGAUUGGUAGGGCUGGGUAUUGUUUAAAAUCUUUCGAUCCGGUGCCAAUUUCGAUACCUACGUUUCGAUGCCGGUUCCUAACGAUACUUUUUUCGAUACCAUGUUUUAAAAUCCAUUGAAACAUUAACAAAAAUACAUUAAACACACAACUUUUAUUUUUCACCUUAAUUAAAACAAAUUCUGGUAACACUUCUCACUCAGGGUAACAUUAAUAAAACUGGUUGUGCUUUCUGGAUAAGGGUUUGCCAGCAGACACACUUAUAAGUUUUUUUUAUGAAAAUAAGGAAACAAAAAUUCUUAAAAGAAAUUAAGAAUAUAAUUUUCACUGCUUUAUUUUAUGAAAUGUAAAAUGGUAUUUAGCUUGGACUAACAGUAUUUGUGGGUUCAUUAUAGCUGCAACUUUGACAAAAAGUUAAAAUAUUUAAAUGGGUGACUGAGUUUUACUGGGAAGAUUUGUAUGCAUGUUUGUUUUUUGUAAACAAUACUCAACUUCAUAGUUAUCAAAAUAUUAAAUACAUUUGUAGAAAAUGCAUUCAAUGUCAUUUCAUUCAAGUGAAAUGAGCAAACCAGUUAAAUGGAAUUUUAGUUUGUUUUAAAUAACGAGCCAGGCUUUGGGCUGCGCGUAUGCGUCAAGUUUAAACCAUAGACUGUAAAAAAUGGGUUUAAACGCAUUGUCCAUUUUGCGAGACGAGGGCAUGAAGGCUUUUGCGAUGCGGAGAGACAGGCGCGAGUAUUUCAUAAGCAUCGAGAGACACAAGCUGCGCGCGUGGGUCAAGUUUAAACACCUUGUCGAGACUGUUGUGGGAGACGCGCGCGCAAAGCCUUGCCAUGCGGAACCAGGCGCGAGUAAAUCAAGCAGAGACACACGCUGUGCGCGUGCUUUAAACUGAAACCCCUCGUCACUUUAGUAGAUGCACCGUUUUGGUUGACGUGCCUUUCACGGAGACAACACGGUCAUACUUGCGCUAACUCUAUUGGUAAGACUGUCACAAAGACUUUCUUCUCAUAUUGCAUUCUUUCUACACUUGUGUUGGGUGACUGCGAGGUGGAAUGCGAGUAUUUUCAGAAAUCCUACCCGUCAGGUGGUGGUGGACAGCCAAUCGCCGGCGCUUUAGGUCCUUACACGCAAGUACAGGCUCACAGACACAGCCGCUUUUGGAAUCGAAAUUUGGCAUCGAAAGAUAAAUCAUUUUUCGAUACUCAAAGUAUCGAAGUUUUUCAUUCGAUACCAUAAAGGUAUCGACGUUCGGUACCCAGCCCUAUUGAUUGGUCGAGCCUGGUCGAGUUAAAAAAAUAAAUAAAAUGGCAGCCAAGAAAGCAGCUGGAGCACCAAUUUAGUGUAAAUAAAUGUAUAUUUUCACUUUUUACACCUUUAAAUUACAUUUCUAGCAAGAAAUUAGAAUUGUAGUUUUCAAAUAUGUGAUUAGUUAUCACAAAGGCGCUCUCUGUUUAUAUUUCAAACAGCAAAAAGCGUUGAGCUGCCCUCAUGCCUCUGAAGUCAUUGCCUCAUGAGGCAGCGAGGCAACAAGUCAGCUGCCUAACGGCCGAUUCACACCGGCUGCGUGGCGUGUGCGUCUCAGCUGCAUGACGUGUCCGUUUUUAUUUAGGCUCCCAUGUUAGCAGGUUUGACCGUUCACACCGCCUGCAUGACACGCACGUAUCAGGCGCGGCUCGAGUCGCGGCGAAAACGCGUGCAUGCUAGGAAUAGGACCAACGCCUAUUUUUCACGCCACACGCAAGCAUCUUGGAAGCGUUUCCAGGCAAAAUAUAUGUCACUUAUAGCAACAGCAGCGCGUUAGUGCUGCGUCAGGCAUGCUUCUGGUAUGUACAGACAUAGAUAUGUAUAUAAAGGCUAGAUGGUUCGUCCGCGCUGAUGGCCAAUUGAGUGGAACGUCCGCAUUUUGGCGGCCAUCUUAGGACAGGGCGCUCGCUCACUCGUAGCAUUGAGUUUUAAUGAUGCAGGUACUUUUAAAUGACCAUAACUUGCUUAAUUUUUUACCGAUUUUCAAACGGAUUGGUUUGUUAUAAACGUCAAAGAUGUACCUAUGACACUGAAUACGUAUACUUAAAAUAAAUAAAAAAUUCAUGAAACAUGUUAAAGCAUCCAUAAUUAUAGCCACGUUAAUAACGUUUGUAAAAAACCAAACCGUUUGUAAAUCCGUCAAGAAUUCAGCAAGUUACGAGCUUUUUAGUUGGCGUAUGUCACUCACCUUCCGUCCACAGCAGCAGGGAGCAGCACUAUGGCAGCACUGACCUAAGAUGGCCGCCAAGUGACGACACAGCUGACUCCGCCUUGAGCCAUCUAGCCUUUAUAUACAUAUCUAUGUGUACAGACACAGAAAACGCGACACAGCCGCCACGCAACUGACAUGCAACAGAUACGCCACGCAGCCGGUGUGAAUCGGCCCUAAGUUUUCGGACGCAGCCAAAAUGUUGCUGUAAUGCUAAAGCCCGAUUUAUAGUCGUGCGUAAGUUCUCCGUAGCCUGUGCAUAGCUCUGCGUUGCCUGACGCGCACCUCACAAAAUUUUUAACAGCGCGUCAGUUCUACGCGGACCGCAAGUGCUGUGAUUGGUCCACCAGAACCCCUCCCGUCAGGUAAAAACUGCGUCAUUUUCGUUUGCGACAGUGAAAACAAAGAAUGGCCAAGUUGAGGAGUGAUUUAACGCAAACUGCAACAAAAGUCGCUGUUUAUUUACUUCCAUCAUUGCUGGUCUUCUCAAAUCAUACACAACAAGUUGCUGUUUCUUCUUCGUUUGUGGGUUAAUUUGCAAGGUUCUUCUUUUUUGACAGUCGCCCUGCUACUGUGGUUAAACGUGUGAUUGAUUACUGCCCACCAGCGGUCUGCGCGCGUGUUUGCACGUCGACGCGGACGACAACUCAAAAGUAUAAAUGAAAACCGACGUGGAACCUACGCCGUAGGACCUACGCACGACUAUAACGAGCCCUUAAGUAGUUUAUCUUAGAUUUGUGUUUAAGAUUAUUUUUUAAAGAUCAUUUGCAGACAUUUUUAUACAGAUUUUAAAUGCAAAUAUUAUUUCCUUUCAUUUAUCAGAUUUGAAUGAUUGAACUGAAUUGUAGGUGCUUUGUUAAAGUCGUAAAUCAUGAUAUUCAUUCAUUUGUUCUUGACUGGAGUUAGAAACUACAGUAGGAAUAUAUAUAUAUAU